GGAUCGGUGCGUCCGCUCUAUGUGUUGUCAUCGACGCGUCGUGUGCGUGACGUGCUAGGACUACUGCAGAUGAUUCAAAAACAUACAUUUACAGAUGCUUAGAAGCUGAAUAAAUAGAAGGAUGAAAGUGCUUGAGAUCCUUCGACAAGCAACUUCCUGUGCUGAAGAAGUUAAUGCCCUGGAUCAACUGAAGAAAACCUUAAGUCCAAAAGAUGAUGUAUUUGGGGAAGAUGACAUUGAACACCAGUGGCUGUCUUUAGCUGCUCACAGUUUGGGGGAUGAUGAUCCAUUGAAUCCCUUUCCUGCAUGUACCCCUGAUGGAGUGCUGUCCUGUCAGUCUGAUCUAGAAAGAUUUACAUGCUAUCUGUUUGAGAGACGAUUCAGCUGGUCUGAAGCAAAGAAGGGUAAUUUAGGCCCGCUGCUUGGUACAAUUUCCACAGAAAGAGAUGCUGUUCUUAAAAGUAAACUGAACAACUUACUGGAUGAAUUUUUGAGAUGGUACAUGCACCAAGAUAUCUCUCAACCUCUGUUGGAGAGUCUGAAAGUUACAGUUACUCAUGCCUGUGAUAUGCCAGUUGUCCGCAACCAGACUAUGAUCCAUAUAAUGGAGUGGCUACAGUUGCAUGCAACUCACCCAAGCUUCCACAAACACUUUGUUGAUGUUCAAACCUUAGUGUUGUUUGGAGUAUGUGAUGUAUGGUCUGCUGUUCGGAACACCUGUGUGACACGCCUUGGACGUAUUGCAAGUAAUAUAACACUACAAGAAAUGGAAAGUCUGUUCUCUGAGCUUGCUAAGAUCUGCCUGAAUCAAGGUAGCACAUGGCAGUGUGUAGAGGGUGCUCUAAUGGCCAUCAGUAUGCUACUCAAGUGUUUUCAAUGGAUUGGUGUAUUGCCUGCCAGCACUUUGGAAGAGAAGAGCACUGGCAAAAGCCAGUACUAUCUGAAGAUUGGUGAGCAAGAAUUGAGUCAGUUACCAGAGUUUAUAUGCAGUUGCAUUUCUUCUGUCGUGUAUCCACUCCUGGCUCAUCCACAAGUCAGUGUCAGAGAUCAUGCCACUAAAGCAUUUUCUACCUAUCUGUCACGUUGUGAUUUUAAGGUUGCAGUGGAAUCACUAAAGGAAGCUGUUUCAAAGCUUGGACAGGAUGAGAAGAUGGAAAGAUUGAAAGCCUUGUCAUUUGGUGACUGCAUUUCCUUACCGCAUUAUGCUGUUCUGCAACCAAACUACAACUUUAUGGCAGCUUGUCAGGCUGAGGGCUUGCUGAGUGUAUGUCUUUAUCUAAUCAAGCAUGUGCAGUCAGGAGUGCUUCUACUGAAUUGGCCCAAAUACUUCUCUACCUUCAGCCUGAAUCUCAUGCACCCAGCAUCUACAGUUAGACAAGCUGCCAGUGUCAUAUUCAAGUAUAUUGUUGCAAAAGAAAGCGACAACUCGGGGCUUCUCAAGCUCGUGCUGCAAGCUCUUUGUGCUAACUGGAGCAUUGACAUCACAGAUUUGAUGGAAUGUAGCACCAAGCAAUACCAUAGUACAGUGAAGCAUGAAGUUAAGAGUAAUGGACAAAUCUCAAGACAGGGAACUUUUAGAAGACAGUUUUCUGUAGAGCUAGAGAAGCAACAAAGUAUUUUGACACUCCAUAAGAUACAAGGAGUUACUUUUCAGGACAAGCAGUUCUGUCAAGCUUGGGAAUGGAGAGAAGGUCGCUUGUUUGCCUAUGAGCUGAUUGUGAAGUUCCUGAUCAUCAACCACAUCCAUUAUCUGUUCCCUUCCUAUGCUCUACUGUCACCUAAAUUUGAUGGGAGUGUGUCAGCAGACAAUGCAGUCACACUUAGUCGAAAGCCUGCAUUACCAGAACGUUCUGUGUGCAGCAAGAGCUUUAGUCAUGGCAGUGCCAGUCAGAACCAGAGUCUCACAAGAAGUGUAAGUGAGAGAAGAAAACAAAUGCUGCAAAGGACUAGUAUUUUGUGGAAAAAAGGUCCAUCUCGUCCAAGAUCAAGUACAUUAGCAGAGGGAACAUUCUUCAAGAAGCAGUUCACUAAACACUACUCGUACUUCACCAACCAAUCCAAACCAAAGCAUAAAGAGAAAAGUUCUGUAAACUUUGCAACUUCAUUGCUCUGCAAAGCUAGAGAUGUGGAUGCUAUUUUGAAAAUUACGCAGAGCCCUGACCAAUCGCCAAAGAUGUCAAUACCUUUUCCUGUAGUAUCACAAGGUCAUGAGAGAACCAAACAGCCACCAGAUGUUAUGAUGCUUCUGAAUUCAGCUCUUGCAGUCUCAAAGGUAUUAGGAAAUCAAGAUACAUCUGAACUAGAUUGGCUACAAAAUGUUGAGCUACAACCAUUGUCUUCAUUACUUCGACAAAUGCUGCUACAAACAAUAAGUUGUCAUGCAGAUGGAAGAUGGGAGGUCCGAAGAAUGGCCCAACAGGCUCUACCUUUGAUCACUGAAUGUGUACGCUGGUAUGAUAUGGCUGUUUUGACAUCACUAUGGAAUGACUACCUGCAACCAACAGCAUCCCUAAUGAGCUAUGGUUUAGCAUUGACUAUGGCUGUCUCUGUUCAGCAUGUUGUACGCUUAGUUCACUUGAAAGAUGAUCCCCCUGUAUCAUGGAAGGAUCCAGAUGUAUGCCGAGGAAUAACAUUGCCAAUCAUAACGGCAGUCGCAGAAGGCCUUCCUAAAUGGUGUGGCAUCAUUCUCUCUUUGCUUGAACGUACAUCAGUAGAUCAACUUACAGUGGUUACCUUGGAAAUCAUCAUGACAACGCAAGCUUAUUUACCUGACUUACUCCCUCAGCAAUACGAAUAUGAAGUAGCAGUUCUGAAGAAGAUUCUACACGUGUUCUGUCAUGCACACCCACUGCAUCCUCUAAGCCAGCUACAUUCAUUACAAAGCAGUUCCAGGAUAUUUGAAUCACCUAUUGAGGGAUACCUGAGCUGCUUGUCUAAAGCAGACUGUUUAGAAUGCCCAGCUUACCAAGUGGAGCGAUACAUGCUGACAGAGUUACAUCAGUUGAUACCUACCUUUCUUCAGAGUUGCUGUGUGCAGGGAGCAUGCAGUUUGUUGCCAGUCCUGCUGCACAUGCUGAGACACUAUUCCCAGGAUUCUCAGAUCACAAAAUGUCUAUUAGAUGGAUGUGUGAUUAUUGGGAAAAAGAUUUACCGAUGGAUGCAGCAAUCUAAGGAUCAUGAGGAGAAGGAGUUAAUCCAUAAUGUACAAGCUGCUGUAGAAGAGAUAACAACUUUGGUUGCAGACAAGGAAUCUGAGAUGGCAACUCUAAAACUGCUUUUGGAUGUGUUCCUCUUAAUCUCUGAUCUUGUUCAAACUGAAAAGCUGACUGUGAUGUUGUCUGCGCUGUCGUCAAGAUUGGAGCAAUCAGGCAGUGUGGACAUGAGUAAUACAACCCAUAAGAACAGUGAGAAAGAGGAUACAACUAAUCUGGUUUACUUGUCUAAUAACAUUUCUGCUGACCAAAACAACAAUGGAGAUAGCUCAGAUGAUGAUGAAGAAGACAAAAAGCAUGGUGCUAGUCAAGCUGCAGAGUCUUUAUCACUGAGUGUGAGUAGUGGGAGUGGUCAGAUGGCAUGGCCAACACAUGUAGGCAGUCCGGAGGAUCAACAUGGCAGCAAUGAUGGGUCUGACUCUGACUGGGACAGUUGGGAUGAUGAGCAAGAGGAUCAAGCGUCUUUGUAUUCAAUGGUGUCACAGUUCUUUCAAAAGCUGCAGGAGGCACACAAGAGCUCACUACACAAUACAUGUGGACAAUCAGCUCUUGUCUUGGCCAUAUGUCAACUUGAUGAGAAAGACCAAACAGUUCUCAAGAAACUGUUGAUUAAUGAAUAAUGUGUUGAUUUCAGUCUAAUGGGUCGCAUAAAUAAAAACGAUCAAAUGCUAGGAAGUUUAAAGCAAUAAGUAAAAGCAUUUACUUAGGAUGAAGCAAGAACGAAAAGCAAAUGCUGGAAUCCGUAUAAAUUAAAGUUUCCUAUGUUAAGAAUUCACUAGACAACUUGCCAGCAAAUGCUUCUUACUGUAAGAUCGAUUGCAUGGAUGAUCUGUUAUUGACAGUUGUGUCCAAACUGGCACA